GGUCUCGUGAUGCGUCUGGUACUGCAAAGUAUUACCUCUUUCUUUAUAGGGCUAUCGCUGGCUUAUCUUCUUUUCUAUCAAGAAGACACUAGCAGUAGACCAGCACCACCCUCCAGCAGCUCUACAGACAGCUUGUCACAUGACCCAUAUGCAUACGAUGAGUCGACAUUACAAAUAAGGACACCAUCCUGCGCUGGCAUUUCUGUCGAUGUACUGGUACUAAUCUUUUCACAUCCACACUCAAUCAAACAAAGACAAGUUGUACGUGAAACAUGGUUGUCUGACCUACGGUAUUUGAAGACAGCAGCACAUUUAUUUGUGCUAAAAAUUAGUAAACACAAACCUUCACUGCUUGAAAGUGAACAGUACAAUGACAUUUUGUUCAUAAACACUCAACAAUACAAUUCCAAAAUGCUCCUCUCUGCUUUAAACUGGUCUGCAGUUAAUAUUAACUUUCAGCAUCUCUUAAAAUGCAACGAUCAUAGUUACAUUUCAGUUGCAAAGCUAAUGCCAGAAUUAAGACAUCUUCCUAACAAGAGACUUUUAUGGGGUUAUUUUGUUGGUAAUCAAAACGUGACACGAAAUGGACAUAAAGCUGAACAAAAGUGGAACCUUUGUUUGUCGUAUCUUCCAUAUGUUCAGGGUGGUGGAUAUGUGCUUUCAAAAGACCUCGUGACCUAUAUAGUGCACGUGGGUCCAUACUUAGAUCAUACGGACAAUGAGGACAUAGGACUAGGAGUAUGGAUGUCUCCAUUGAAAGAUAUCAAGCGUCAUCAUGACAUCAGGUUCAAUACUGGCCCUUCAUCACGAGGGUGUAUGAAUCAGUACCUUAUUACACAUCCAGAAACGAGUGAAUCAAUGACGAACAAACACAAACUUUUGAAAGACAAAGGUUACCUUUGUCAGAAUGAAAUAGAAACAAUAAAAUCAUAUCACUAUAAUUGGACAGCACCAGUCACAUUAUGUUGUAAAUAAUAAUUAUUAA